AUGGUUAUGUACAACAAGAGUCGCAAGGUUAUUACAUUCAAGAUGGAACAAAAGGUGAAGAAGAAUUUGUUUAAAAAGCAGUUUUGUCAGAUUCUCAAAUUGAAAGUCAACGGUCCAUUUGUUGUUCCUUCUUAUGAUCAAAUACUCGCAAUGUUGAAUGAGAUGGAGCAUUCUCCUGAACUUACCCUAAUCAAUGGGAUCUUGGUUCCAGCUGAUGUCGAAGUUGCUGAGUUUUCUACUCUUCGAAUUCCCAAGUUGUUGAUUGAUAAUCCUAACGAUUUUACUUCUAUUGGAAGGAUUUUGGAAGCAAUGUUGAGUUUGGUCCUUGUGUCGAACCCUGUGUUGAUUUGGUAUAAAGAAAUGGUGUCUGAUGUUUCUCGUGCUCUUACUCCUAUGAAAUCCAAGGCAAAGUCAAAGGGACUAGUUAUUCAAGAACAAACAGGUGAGGAGCAUCCACAAAGGACUAGGAAAGCAGCAUGGGUGUUAAAACAUUUUGCAAGUAAAAAUUUAGUAACCAAACCAUUGCCUCUAAGACUCAAGAUGAUGGUUUUCAAAACUGAUGAUGUUAUUAGAACAGUAGAUGAGAAUGAAGAUACCAAUACAUAG